ACAGGACAAACAGGAAGUGCGUAAGGUUUGGGAGAGUAGUUGAAAAGUAUUGUGGCUAAUGUAAAAAAAUACGUUUAGGGUGCGUCGAGGAACUGCCGAGUAAAUUGCAUUUGUUGUAACGAGGUGGUCUAUAUAAAUACAAGUCAACCAUUGCUCCUUUUAUAAUUACAGUCGGAUACAUGUAGCCAGCCAGAUUUUACGCGUCACAGAGACUACAAAGGCGUUGAUUGAUUGCGUGAUGAUGUGUGCAAUAGCUCUUUCUUCUUACUAGAUAAUUAUUUUAGGAUUGGUUUAGACUGAUAGAGUAGCAUAGCACCUGGUUACGACGUGGAGUGACGAUGACAUUACAAGUGGGUUGCCUAUCAUUCAAGCAGCCGUAUGCAGGAUUAGUACUGGACGGUGUAAAAAGUAUUGAGACACGUUGGCGCCCUCUGCUAUCCACAAUGGAAAACUGCACUCUAGCGAUUCAUAUUGCGCAGAAGGACUGGGAGGCCGACCAGUGGAGAGACAUCCUCACCCAUACACUGGGAAUGAGCCACAUGCAAAUAGAGGAACUUCUAGCAUCCGGAGACAGAUUUGGCCGUGGAGUCGUAGCAGGCUUGGUGGAAGUGGGGGAGACCUGGUGCUGCUCUGACAAUGUGCCAGAGAAGGAUCUGAGGGAGCUGGAGAAGGCAGCAGUGCACACUGGGCUCACAGAGAAACACCUCACACAGCUGUCAAACCCACGCUGGCUCAAGGAACCCCUUUAUGCCAGAGGUCACAAAGACAUAUGGACAGUAGAUAUCCCAGUGCAAUUACUGCCAUCUGCGUAGUUGUAAUAAAAUAAUGUAUACUCAUUUUGUACUGAUAGGAUCAUCUAUCAAGUUAGGGAGGCAAUAUAUUUGUAGACUACUCGCAUUUGCUUUAAGGUGCAAUAAAUGACCAAUGGACUAUUG